CCGGCAUUUCCACUGUGCCCUGUGAAAGGCGUGAUCAGCAGAUCUUCAGCAUAUUGUUCUGUAGGACUCACGCCUUGAUUUCCUGCAUGUGCUGGGAGGUUGCGAGCGCGAGGAAAGUACGCGGAAGCUCGUGAACGCGUUUGUUCCGCUCCCUCCUGUCAAUCAAAGAUAAAAAAAAAAACUGGUCAUGUCGCAAGCCAAGUCAUUUAUUUUCAUCGGCUAUAAUAAAAAGUUACUCUCGCGUAGUCGCAGAUAUGAACGAACACGCGCCCGAAGGAAAUGUGAACACGAGCGAAGGUCUGCUCGAGCACAGGUUGUGUGAUGGUCUCUCAUCGGAUGGUGUGAUCGCUCGGUCUGUUUGGAAGGCUGCUGAUCCUCGGAUCCGGACAGAAAUGAAAGGUCCCGCACGGAUGGUGAUCUUGCACCACACUGCGCUCCGGUACUGCGUCCAGCCGCGUGACAGUCUCGCUCAGCUCGCGUACAUCCAGAAUCUGCACAUGCACGAGCGAGAAUUUGACGAUAUCGGUUACAAUUUUCUGAUCUCAGGAGAUGGAUCGGUGUAUGAAGGGCGUGGAUGGGGAGUUGUAGGGGCUCAUGCAAAAGAAUACAAUUGUGAUUCUGUUGGUAUAGCCUUCAUGGGUAACUUCAAUGAGGAAUUGCCUACUCCUGCAUCACUGACUGCUUUGCAGAGAUUGUUGCGUGUCGGAGAGAUUUCCGGACACGUGCGGCCUGACUUUGUGCUGGUGGGACACAGAGAUGUAGCAAAAACUGAAUGUCCGGGUGAAAAUGUAUACUCCGCAUUAACAAAACUAAGAACCCAAUUAGGAAAAAGGUGACUUUACCAAGCAUAUUUGCUGUGCUUGAAUUGUUGUAUUUGUUAAAGUGUGUGAAUGAUGAUAGCACACUGUGGUUGUGCAUUAAAGGAAUUAAACAUGUUUAUUUUUGUCUCAGCUCUCUGUUUGUCCACUUCUCUAAUAAAAUAAUUGUUCAUAAAAUAACUGAGCAUUUAAGCUAUCUUGUGAGUCUUGUUAUAGUCUUCCAUAUAUAUAUAUAUAUAUAUUAUGAAUGUUACUUCGUACAUAUCCUCAAUAAUUAAAUCUGACAGUCCUGACAUUAUAAAAUUAAAUUAAAUUGAAAAUGUUGUGUAAUACACAGUGUGUAUGCUUUUUGUUUAAUAGGCUAUUUCAUUCUGGAAAAAACAUGCUGAAUCAGGAUAUUUUAUUUAUUGUAAAAUUUGCUUCCUGAAAUUUCCAAAUUCAUAUUGAGCUGCUGUUUCGUGUUUUUUUCUUUUUUGAUGCAGCUAAGCAGUUAUCUGUUUGUUUGUUUGCCUUCCUGUCACAAAAUGUAUGUUAUUUCUAUUUAUGUAAUAUAUUGAUGGAGUCUGCAAAUUUACAUUAAAUUUCUUAAUAUA